GGAAGGAAGCCCGAAAAAAGGAUGAGAGAGGAACCUCUUUCUUUUUCCUCCUCUUUUUGAAGCAGAAAAGCACAACUUCUUUUCUGCCCUCUCACGUGCACUAUAUCCUUCACUCCUCCACAUAUACCCUCCUAAAUACAUUUUAACCCUCAGUCUCUCUCUCUCCCUCUCUCCCUAAAUAGUUCAAGGGGAGGGAUCUGCUAUAAAAUGAUUGUUGUGUUUGAAUUGGAAUAACUACUUAACUGUAGUGUUGAAGAGGAAUAAAAAAAUUUAGGAAAACAGUUGGAUAAAAAUGGCUUUAGAAGCUCUUUCUUCCAAUGAUCUUUUCAACUUCAUAAUCUACGACACGAUCUCUGCAACCCCAUAUAGCUGCAGCCAUGGCUCUUCGGAGAACAGUACUUUCUUAUUAGAGAAUAUUGCAAUGACGCCUCAGAACCAAGGUGUUGGUGAUUUGGAGAAGUCUACAUUGCCGACCCCAAAACGCAGCUCCGGCAGGUCGGAGGUUGUCGACCGGAGGCAGAAUUUGGCGGUUCAAGCUGUGAGGAAGAAGAGGAGAAGAAAGCCAAGGGUGUGCAAGAACAAGGAGGAAGCUGAGACUCAAAGGAUGACACAUAUUGCUGUAGAAAGAAACCGCCGGAAACAGAUGAAUGAGCACCUCCAAGUCUUGCGCUCCCUCAUGCCUGAAUCCCAUGCCCAAAGGGGUGACCAGGCCUCCAUAGUAGGUGGAGCAAUUGAAUUUGUGAAGGAGCUUGAGCAUCUCCUGCAAUCCCUUGAAGCUCAGAAACUCCAACUACUACAGCCAGGAGUAACGUUAACAUCACCUGCAGCUGAGGAAAACACCACAACCUCCUCCAAAUUCAUGGCACCACCAUUUGCACAGUUUUUUGUGUAUCCACAGUACACCUGGUCUCAGAUCCCCAACAAGUAUACAUCAAAGACCAAAGCUGCCAUAGCAGAUAUCGAGGUUACUUUGAUUGAAACCCAUGCAAACCUUCGUAUUCUGUCGCGACGAAGCCCUAGACAGCUCUCAAAGAUGGUUGUCGGUUUUCAGACCCUCCAUCUCUCCAUCCUUCACCUCAAUGUGACCACCAUGGACCCGUUGGUUCUCUACUCCAUCAGUGCCAAGGUUGAAGAAGGUUGCCAACUCGCUUCAGUAGAUGACAUUGCAGCAGCAGCUCACCACAUGCUUAGAAUAAUUGAGGAUGAAGCUGCCUUGUGUUGAGCAAAUCCUGGCUUCCCCAAUGUACCCUUGGAGUUGAGGAGGGAUCACAGAAAUCCCAUCCUCCUUUUGGUUUGCUCCAGUAAAGCUUCUCCUGUCCUUGUAUGUAGGCAUGUACGUAGCUAAAGUCAUGUCAUAUAUAUAUAAGUGUUUUUCUUUUUUCUUUUAAAAAAAAAAAAAAAUUAUUUUAUUUCCUCAGGUAGAACUUGUAUGUAGCAUGGUUUUCACCAAAAAUCACCCAGAAAAAAAAAAAAAAAAAAAAAAUCAGAACUAAGGGUUUAUUGAGCUUCUUGGGACCCAACCCAACCCAUGCUGACAAGGACAAUAUGGGGUUUUGCAUCGUUGUAUGUGGAAGAGUACUAAUUUGAUUCGAGGUGGUCGUUUUCUAUUUCCAUUUGCUUAUAUAUC